AAAGCGUUCAGACAAAAUCACCUCUCACAUAUCAGAUCUAGCUCUUCUUCCUCCUCAGCUCCCGUUCCAUCCUGAGCAUAGCAAGGCAAGCUAGUAGAUCCGAGAUCAGGGCGCAGCGAUGUCGGACGUGACGGCGGUGAUGGAUCUGGGGGUGGAGGAGCCGCAGCUGUCUCUUCCACCGGGGUUCCGGUUCCACCCCACCGACGAGGAGGUGGUCACCGACUACCUCACCCGCAAGGUCCUCCACGAAUCCUUCUCCUGCCAAGCGAUCACCGACGUCGACCUCAACAAGAACGAGCCGUGGGACCUCCCUGGCCUGGCGAAGAUGGGGGAGAAGGACUGGUUCUUCUUCGUGCACAAGGGCCGGAAGUACCCGACGGGGACGCGCACCAACCGGGCCACGGAGCGCGGCUACUGGAAGGCGACGGGGAAGGACAAGGAGAUCUAUCGCGGCAAGGUCCUUGUCGGCAUGAAGAAGACGCUCGUCUUCUACACCGGCCGCGCCCCCAGCGGCGGGAAGACGCCGUGGGUGAUGCACGAGUACCGCCUCGAGGGCCAGCUGCCCCAUCGCCUUCCCCCCACCGCCAAGGACGAUUGGGCUGUUUGCCGGGUGUUUAACAAAGACAUGGCGGCGGCGAAGAAUGCGCCGGCCCAGAUGGCGCCGGUGGCCAACGGGGCCAUGGAAGACCCGCUCGCGUUCCUCGAUGUCGAUGGCUUCGUCAACUAUGAUGAAUUGCUCAACAACGCCGGCCUGCUCGACGACGCCGACCUACCGAUGCUCAUGGACUCUCCGUCUGCGUCUGGCGCCGACGACUUCGCCGGCGCUUCCAGCUCCACCACCAGCACCGCCCUGCCGUUCGACCUGGACACGGAGCAUCUGACCAUCAAGACGGAGCCGCCGGUGCCGCAGCAGCAGAUGCAGAGCCCCAACUACUUCUUCAUGCCGGCGACGACGGCCAACGGCAACCACGGCGGCGCCGGGUACUCACCCUACCAGGGAGCCAUGGGCGUUGACCAGCAGACCGCGAUCCGCAGGCACUGCAAGCCGGAGGUGGCGUCUUCGUCGGCGCUGCUGAGCCCUUCGCUCGGCUUCUUCGACACGUGCGCGCUCGCCGGUGCCGCGGACACAUCAUUCCCGAUGAUGCCGUCGUCGCGGUCAUACGUCGAUCUGGAGGAGCUGUGCCGGGGUGAGCCACCCAUGGACUUCUCCAACAUGUGGUAGAUCUGAAAUCCAUCCAUCCAUCCGAUGGACAGGAUCGUCUCCGGCCGUUUGCUUGGCGGUAGCCAUAGAUGGUUAAUCAAUUUGGUUGGUGCUAGCUCGUGGAUUGAUUAGUUUGCUUCAUUAACUUGGAUUAAGGAUUGGGUUAAUUAGGCGGCGACGAUUCGAGGAGGAGGAUCGUCGUGUGUGUGUUGUUGAUGCGUGCAAGGCAUAAUGAUGGCCUGUGAGCGAGAGGGAGUGCUGAUUAAUCUUGAUUAGGGUGUGAUAUCAAAAUGCUACUAGAAAGCAUCUGUAGUUUGUACAUAGUUACCUGAUUGCUGGAAAAUACAAAGGAGAACCUGAUACCCGUGCACUCUA